GGUUUUAUUCAUCUGGCCUGGUAAUGACUAUUAUAAUGUUGAUUUAUCGAUUUCCUGUUCCUGUUUUGCUUUCAGUGUCGGAACCAAUCAAGGAUUUCAAGAGAAUCACACCUUCAGUUUCUCCGCCCACUAUUCCAAUGGGAUUACCACAGCAAUAUAUCAUCCUGGCCACAGGUUGCUGUUGGUGGGAGGCUGUGAGUCUGGAGACAGUGAUGUGUCCAGGGCGAGCCGUUGCGGGAUCACAGCUUGGAGGGUGUUGUCAGGGUCACCUCACUAUAAACAGGUCACCAGCUAUGAGGAUGACAUCAAUGCGUCCCAGAGGCGAGGAUUCUUCAGGAUUCCCAGCUUUCGACUUUCUCCAGGCAUAACAGGUGAACAGGUGACUCAAAUUGCCUGGUCUCCUGAUGGCACAGUGCUGGCUGUGAUCAACUUCUCUGGCAGUCUCAGUCUCUGGGAUAUUCCAUCGUUCAAACGGAGAGGCAGCUGGAAACAAGAGGAACAACCGGGAUUUGACGAGAUAAACCCGGAAUGGAAGACGUCGCUGGAGAAGAGAAAGAAGAUAAAAGAUAAGGAGCAGUACCAGUCUCUGCUAGAUGUGAGCUGGUGGAGUGAGACUGCUUUGAUUUUAGCCCGCUGUUCUGGGGCUCUCACCGUGUCCUCUGUGCGGACGCUCAAAAACUUACUUGGCAAGUCGUGCGAGUGGUUUGAAACCUCACCGCGAGUCACCUCGGCCCAUGACGGGGGCUUCCUCAGUCUGGAGUGUGAGGUAAAGCUGGCCCAUAAGCGCGCUCGUCUGGAGAGCAGUGUGACGGGUGAAGAGGACGAUUGUGAUGAUGACUCCGACUCGGAUGAAGAGUCCUCGGCGAAAGCACGUUAUUUUGGAUACGUGAAGCAGGGGCUGUACUACGUGACUGAGAUGGAACGCUUCGCCCCUCCCCGAAAACGGCCACGCACUGUUAUCAAGAACUACCGCCUGGUCAGCCUGAGGUCCACCACGCCAGAGGAGCUCUACCAGAGGAAGAUUGAUAACGAGGAGUAUGGAGAGGCUCUCUCUCUUGCUCAAGCAUAUGGUUUGGAUUCUGAUCUCGUCUAUCAGAGGCAGUGGAGAAAAUCUACAGUCAGCAUCGCUUCCAUUCAGGACUACUUGAGUAAGAUAAAGAAAAGAUCAUGGGUCCUGCAUGAGUGUGUGGAGAGGGUUCCAGAGAAUGUAGAUGCUGCCAAAGAGCUGCUGCAAUAUGGCCUGAAAGGAACUGACCUUGAAGCACUGUUUGCCAUCGGUGAGGGAGAAGACCAGGGCAGAUUUAUUUUGUCAGGCGAUUUGGACGUGGACGAUGGUCCAUAUGAAGACUUCGUUUCCACAGAGGAAGAGAUGGAGCAAAGAAAGGAGAGGGAAGCCAAGAAGAGACAGGAGCUCCUCAAGAAAGUGGACUUUAGCAAACUGACUCUAGAGCAGAAGGAGCUCUGCAGAAGUAGACUGAAGCUUCUCUGCUAUCUGGACCGUUUGGCCACUUAUGAGGAGAUUCUGGGUGGACCUCAUGCGGCAGAGCAGCGAUUUGAUGCUGAGUUUUUCAAGAAGUUCCGCAACCAGAAUAUUGUUCUGUCAGCAAGAACGUAUGCAAGGGAGAGUAACGUGCAGGCAUUGGACAUUCUCUUCACUUACCACGGAUCUGAGCUGCUCCAGUACCAGCUCGCCAUUCUCUGCAAUUUCCCAGAAACCACCUCUCCUCACGAGUACUCUGACCUUCUGCCUAAGGCAGGUGUGGAUAAAAAGGGUAAUUUGGCUUUCAUUCCUUGGGAGGAGAGCCGACACAGAGAUUUGGACUGGUGUGAAGUUCCUGAGUGCAGAGGAGUGGUGGAGCCCAACCCAGUGGAUGACUGUCACUUCUUAUUUGAGGAACAACCAGAACUAGAGAGGUUUCGUAGCGCUAAACCCUCCAUCACACUGCUGACUGAAUGGUACCUGACCAGGGCACAGGACAUAGAGAGCAAUUCCCGCCAGGUUGAUUGUGCUCUGUCUCUGGUGCGUCUGGGAAAAGAGCAGAACAUUCCUGGGCUGGAGGUGCUGUGCGACGACCUGGUUACCAUGGAGACACUGGUGUACGAGACGUCAUGUGAUCUGAGUCUCACGCUAAAGGAGCUCCAGCAGCUCAGGGACAUUGACAAGCUCCGCCUCCUCAUGAAAAAUUCCAGCGAGGAUCGAUAUGUGAAGAAUUCAUUCCAGUGGAUGGUCCCGUUCCUGCACCGCUGUGAGGGACAGGGGGUGGGCUCUGCCUCUGCUCUGCUCAGAGAAUAUCUGGUCACCCUCGCCAAAGAUGAUCUUACACUCCCACUCAAAAUGUUCCAGCACUCAAAGCCAGACUGUCAUCCAAAAGUCAUUGGAGAUUCGGAUCAGCUUAUGUCCGUGGCAUUAGAGUGUAUCUACAGCUGUGAGAGAGAUGACCAGCUUGCACUCUGCUAUGAUAUACUUGAAUGUCUACCACAGAGAGGAUAUGGACCUGAGACAGAUUCUACAAAAGCCUUGCAUGACCAGGUGGACAUUCUUGAGAAGCACUUGAGUGUUGCUGAGGUUCUGGAGAAACACGGUCUCCAGAAGCCCAUCUCCUUCGUGAGGAACAGUCAGAACAGCAAAGAGGAAGCUCACCAGCUGAUGGUGCGACUCACCCGUCACACAGGACGCAAAAACCCUCCUGUGAGCGAGACAGUGUGGAGAGGUCUACUUCAAGAUCUUCUGGAUAUGCAGCAGAAUGUUUAUACCUGUCUAGAGCCAGAAACUUGUCAUCAGGUGUUUGUGGAGAGUUUGCUAUGUUCGGGACGAGAGGAAAACGUCCGUCUGGCGGGUCAGCUGAUGCACUGCAGCGCCGUGUCAGAGGACACUCCAGUCAGCGUUUCGCUCCGUGGUAAAGCUCAUGCCCGUGUGUCAUAUAGCCGCAGUGUGGAGCUGGUUCUGGCUGCUGCUCGUGAAUACUUCAACUCUUCAGCCACCCUCAGUGACCCCUGCAUGAACCUGGCACGGUCGUGUCUGCUGUUGAUCACGGAUUGUCCUUCUCUCGUCCAAGAGGAAAUGGAUCUCAUCAGCGCCCUCUCUCGACUGGAGCAGUUUGGCGUGAAGGUUCUUCCCUUACAAGUGCGUCUGCGGACGGAUCGUCUGUCAUUGAUAAAGGAGUGCAUCUCUCAGUGUCCUACUGCGUACAGACAGUCCACUCUCCUCCUAAGCCUGGCCAGACUGCUACGCGUUGCAGGUGAUGAUGAGGCCAAGAGAAAGGGUCAGGUGCUCACGUUGCUGGCAGAACAGGCUCUCCGCUGUCAGGACUUCAAGGCCUCCUACAUCCACUGCCAGGAUCUGAUGGCUGCAGGCUAUAGUGAUGGUUGGAAUGUGUGCGCUCAGCUGGGUCAGUGUGAGGCAUACUCACAGCUUUCUGCCCGUCAGAAGCUGAUGGCGUUCGCGCUCACACACUGUCCUCCCAGCAGCAUCCAGAAUCUGUUAACGGCUUCCAGUUCCCUUCAAACACAGGUUCUGUACCAGGCUGUAAAUUACAAGAUUGAUCCUUCUCAAGCGCAGAAAACAGGCAGCGAGCUGUCAGAGCAGACCGGAGCUGCUGUUCCUGGAUCAAUUAACCCCACAGACCUGCUGCACAGAACCACAGCCCGCACUCUAGAGGUCCUGACCAACACCACCACGACCACCAGAGCCGUGCUGACCGCCGUCAGCGACUCCCAUUGGUGGAGGGAGUCCCUCAGCUUACUUCGCCCACUGCACGGACAAGCUGUGGAUAGAAGCCAUACUGGUUCAGCCAAUCAGAACACAGAUCUGGAAAGGCAGGGGUGCAGUCCUUUCUAUGAGGAGCUGUUCAAUGAUCCAUACGUCAGCACGUCCGAGGAUGUGUAUUCAUCAUACAACUACAACCCUCAAGAAGACUUUGCUGAAGUUUUACUACGGACUGGAAAACUGGCUGAAACCAACAGCGAGGGACAGAAUCUCUUUCCUGCAACUGAAGUGCUCCUUCAGCUGGCCAGUGAUGCUUUUCCCAAAGAUAUGACACUCGCUCUGGCCUAUUUACUGGCUCUACCUCAGGUGUUGGAUGCUAACACGUGUUUUGAGAAGCAACCUCCAUCAGCACUGUCUCUGCAGUUAGCUGCCUAUUACUACUCUCUUCAGAUCUACUCCCGCCUUGCACCCUGCUUUAAAGACAAGUGCAGCCCACUUUACAGAGCUGAUCCUAGAGAGCUCAUUCGUCUUGUGACCAAGCAUGUAACAGAACACGCUGGAUGUGAUUGGGGGGAUCAGGAGCUGCAGAUCCUGAUUGGUCAGUUACGACUAUACAGUGAGAGACUGACAGACUUUACUCAAGCUCAGGUGCUACAGGGGCUCGGCCGUGGAGUUGAUGUCCAGAGAUUUAGCAGCGACAACCAGUACAAGAAAGAAACUAUUCUGGGUCUGGCAGAGACACUGGAUGAGAGUGUGUAUGGGAUCUCUCGUUCUCUGGCUCAGCGGUACAGCAUCCCUCUCUGGGAAGUGCACAUGACGCACCUUGAGUUCCUGUUCACUGAUAGUGGGCUUUCCACCAAAGACAUUGAGGACAGGACGGAGGCUCUGGGCCUGUUUGAGACUCUAAAGACUAACCCGGAGUCAUUCUACACACACAUGACUAAAUAUGUGUACCCUAGCAUAGCCGGAACCGACCAGCUCCGACUCCUCUUCUACUUCACUCUUCUGGAAAACUGCGGCUGCGCAAGCUUCUUCCCCCAACCUGCUAUGAAGCCCGACACGCACCUCAAACUGCUAAAGAAGCUCAAAGCCGUCGCCAUCGGUCUGGACUAUAAGAAGUUGACAGAUGAGGAUUCCGAUCCUUUGAAAGCUCUGGAGCCGGUACUGACCAGCCAGAACGUCCUGUCAAUCUCCAAACUGGCCCCUCGAAUCCCCCAGAAGGGAGGCGAAGCGCUUACCUCUAGCGCUGUACAUGCCACCUGGCUCCAUAAACUGUUCUGGGAAGGGGAUCAGCAUGUGCUGAAAAAAGCCCCCCAGAGUGAUCCCGACUUCCUGCAUGCCUAUGACACCUGUGCCAAAUACUUUGACCGACUUCUGCCUGUAGAUUCUGUUAACUUCUUGGAUGCCAUUACCUUUUCCCCUGAAGCCGCCAGUAAGCUGUCAGUAGAGUCCCGGCUGGAGAUCACUAAGCGGGCACAGAAGGUUCUAAAAGGAAUUAGCGAAAAGAGUAAGAAAAAGGGUAAUGAUGACAGAAGUGAAAACUCCGCCUCCAGCUUUGACUCCGCCCUCACUCACAUACAGCAGUCUCUUACCCAUCUAGAGACUCUGAGCCACUCCUUCCCUCUGUCACUCAAGACAAGCCAAGAGGAGCUUCUGCAGAAGUACUGUCGCAUUUAUGACCUGUCCAGAUCCGAGCAAUCUAAAGUGCGCCAUCUGGCCAUCACAAUGGUCAUGGACGGACAGCCCCUCGAACGGAUCGAGCAGCUUCUCACAGUCAGCGUGGGAACGAGCGACCUGUCGGUGGAGAGCAUAGUCCAGGACGCAGUGGAGCGAAUCAUAACUGCUCUCAGCGGUGACAAGGACACGUUGAAAGAUUAUGCAGACCCCUUGAAGGUGCUGGAAGGAAUUGUUGCAGCAGUGCACACUAAUGUACAGAACGGUGGGAAUAUGGUAACAUCUGAGGACAUGCUGGCAUGGUUACGACCUUUCUGUGGGGACGAUUCUAAACCUGUACGACCCCGACUUGAGAUCCUGCAGAUCCUAGAACAUUCAUUCAGCCUCAGCGAUCAAGACAUCCACCUACUGGUGUUCUUCAGGAGCCAAGCAGUUCUGAAAGCCUGCUGGCCAAAUAGAAAGGUGAAAAAUAUGCAUAUACCCACACUGGCACAAAACACGAUUUACACUUCACACAUAAAUAUUAUUACAUUCCCACAUCUCUGACUCAGUAUUAGCUUAUUUCCUCCGUGAGGCACUGUGAAUGUAAUCUCAUUAUACAGCGCAGCCCUUUGCAAGUUAGCACGUGCUUAUAGGAAUUGCUUCACUAUUCUUGCACAUG